AUGUCUCUGGAGAGGAAUGGGGCCAAGGCGCAGAGCCCCAUCAGCGCCUCCCACAGCUACCCCCAGCUCUCCCGCCACCACCAGCUCGCUGCCCUCCGAGGGCAGCACCCCGAGGGGCUGGAGCCACGGGGACCACCUCCAGAGUAUCCCUACAUCGUCCCUUCCCAAGAUGCUUACGUGGCUGAACCCCGACCCUGCUCCCGGGAAGGUUCUGGAUUUCAGCAUCCUGAAAUCAGGAUGCUGCACACCCACCUCCCCACCGCUUUCCUACCGCCAACGGGUGCCCUGUGCCCGGGCACGCUGGGUCCCACUGGUGUGGAGGCCCUGGUGAGCGCCCAGGCAGUGUCAGCCGGCAGCCGCCUGGCCCGGGCGGACGCAGUCCUGCGGGAGAAUGAGAGGCUCCAGCGGGAGAGCGAGAAGCUGCGGCGGGAGCUGGAGAGCUGGGGUGAGAAGGCGAGCCGCAUCCAGAAGCUGGAGAGCGAGAUCCAACGCAUCUCGGAGGAUUACGAAAACCUCGUCAAGGCAUCUUCUAAGCGGGAAGCCUUGGAGAAAGCCAUGAGGAACAAGAGAGAUGGGGAGAUGCGACGGCUCCAGGACUUCAACCGGGACCUGAAAGAGCGUUUGGAAUCGGCAAACAAGCAGCUGGCCAGCAAGACCCAGGAGAGCCAGGAGACCAACCAGGGCAGCGUGGCCAAACUUCUGGCACAGAGCUAUGAGCACCAGCAGGAGAAGGAGAAGCUGGAGCGGGAGGUGUCCCUGCUGCGCAGCGCCAACGAGGACCAGCGUCGGCGGGCGGAGCUGCUGGAGCAGGCGCUGGGCAGUGCCCAGGCACGGGCA